AUGAACACUUACGUGGAUGCAUCCUACAUUCAAUACCUCGGGGAGGCCGGAAAGCCUUAUAUGAUGCCUGUAUCCCCAUGGUUCUAUACCAACAUGCCAGGAUACAAUAAGAAUUGGGCCUGGCACUCAGAUGACCUGUGGUACGAUCGGUGGGUUGAAGUGUCUUAUAUCGAGCCUGAAUGGGUUGAGAUUAUCUCUUGGAAUGAUUAUGGCGAAUCGCACUAUAUCGGCCCAUUGAAUGAUAAGGCAUAUGUUGCUUUCGGCAUAGGCAAGGCACCGUAUAAUUACGUGCUUGAUAUGCCACAUGAUGCUUGGAGACUUCAGCUACCAUAUGCCAUUGACCUUUACAAAUCCGGCAAACCAUCGAUCACUGAAGAAAGUCUCGUCAUUUGGUACCGCAGGCUGGUGCGGUACAGUUGCUCCACUGGAGGCACCACUGGAAAUACAGCCCUCCAGCUGCAGAUUGAAUACCAUGCGGAUACUGUUUUUGAAGAUAAAGUUUUCUUCACAGCAUUGUUGGCCUCCAAUGCCACAGUCACAGUUAGCAUUGGGGGCCUCGAAUUUCCCGCUAGUUGGGAAUCUGAGCCGGAUGGUGGUAUUGGCCUCUACCACGGAAGUUUCCCCUUUGACAGUCAUCUACUUGGAGAAGUCAUCGUGACUGUCUCACGGCAAAAGGAUAUCGUGAAUGUCAAAGGUCCAGCUGUUUCCACCACCUGCCCCAGUGGUCUGGUGAACUUCAAUGCCUGGGUUGGAGGCGCAAAGGUGAGUGCAAUUACUGCAGUCUCUCCAAAGUUGUCACUGUCCGAGCAGACCUGUAUUGCAGGAUCUGGUGCUAGAAACUUCGCCGGAAUUUGCGGCUUUACUUGCAAGUACGGAUAUUGCCCUAUUGGAGCCUGCUACUGUACCGCAAUGGGAAAGAAGAAAACGCUACCAAAGGCCACUGGGGACAAAGGAUACCCAGCUAAUGGAGAUGCCAACUAUGCCGGUCUGUGUGACUUUUCAUGCAAUUAUGGCUACUGUCCAAAGUCAGCUUGCUCUUCUGUGGAGAGGCCUCCAUACAUACCAGCUAGCUCUCCCUUUACUCCUCCAGCGUGUGUCAGGGGUGACGGUGAAGGCAGUCUGGCUGGGCUGUGCAGCUUUGCCUGUGCAUUUGGCUUUUGCCUAGUCUCCUCAUGUACUUGCCUAUCAACAGGCCCCUUGGUUGCUCCUCCGGCCCCGAAAGACGUGAAAGCUGUCCCUGAUACAGAUGACCUAGAACUGUAUCAACUUCUGAAACCCCUUUGCGACUUUGCCUGCAGUCGCGAUUAUUGUCCUACUGGUGCAUGCAAGCUCGGCUUAGACAAUGACGACGAUGCCGAUGGCUCGGACCUUGUGCAAGUCAUCAUUGAUUCGGAAAUCUGGAAAGAGGAGCAUCCCGCUGUGAGUUGCGGAUCGGCUUGUGUACUGGUCUUGCCUCCUUACACGCUGCCUGGCCCUACAGUCAUCGAUUUUGAUGGGGGAUACUCAACCGUACUCAAUGUGGCAUGGGAAACUCCAGCGGUGAAAACAUUACCUGAUGGAGAGGUGGUAACUACGACAAGUAUCACGCACAUUUUGCAAAACACGAUCAUUCCGGUUCCACCAACGAGUGACGGAAAAGUCCCACCGGUCGCCUAUACAUCCGCUGCAGAUAAGCAAAAUGGCCCUGACUGUGUCGAUAAAUCAAAGUGUGACGGAGGCUGCCAUUUCCCGAUCUUCUGUGAUGGUCCCUGCGUCAUAGGCUGUGGUGGUGGUGGGUUCGCGGCGAGCAAUGAUCCGCAUCCUCUCCCGAAUCCCAACCCAGGACCAACUGAUCCAGAUAACGAGGAUCCCGAUGAAGAUGACUGUGACGACGAUAUUACAACUGUCACCGACCUCUGGGUCUCUUGCAAGACUAUCGACUCGACCUCCACUUCCUGCACGACUACUAGCAGUCAUGUCCAUACUGGAUGUAGUGCUACUGCAACAGCCACCACGACCGAAGCUGCCGCUUGGUAUAUCAAUGAUCCUAAUGAGGAUCAAGGUCAGGAUGGCGGUGCAGGCACUGGUCUCCUCACGACAAGCGAUGAUCGUAAGAUCACAACAGUGAAGCCGACGACAACCACAGCUGCGGAACGGCCAGUUCAAACGCGCAAUGUUGACCAGGGAAUUUUGACGUGUGAAACAGAAAACAAGGGCUACCAACAGGGAGAUCCGGAUCACUAUGUGACUCUUGAUCAGAUGGACCUUGCGGCUGGUGAUAGUUGCUGGCCGGAUUGGGAAAAUUAUGCCAUUCAUUCAAACUCCGCUGGGUGGACUUAUAACAAUGUCAAUCCCAAUUAUUUCCACAGCAUCACCUAUUCGAAAGGGGAAAACUGCCCUCCACCUCCCGAUUUCAGUGGCAAGGAACAACACCCCAAGGGAGUCGCCCUAUGCCUGGAACGCAUGAGGACCAUUAUCAACUCAUGUGACACCGCUGCGAAUGGGCAUGACCGUUGGAAGGCGGGUGGCACCUUCUAUCGGGAUUGCGUGACAUGGACGCUUAGGGUAGAGCAACCACCUAUAUAG